AUGCAGUCCGAAUACGGCAGUGACGAAGAAGGUUACGUGGGCCUUCAAGAGCGAUUGAACCGGAUGGCGAACAAGACUCCCGACCGGUUUAAGAGGACGCCAGCUCUUCAACCGGACAAUGGCCAGGCUCAACGGAGAGGUGCCACACGGGCGCGAAGCCCGAAAUUCGCCACAAACCGCCGUGCCCAACUGCGCGGUGCUCGAGAGGAGAACCGGCCUGCUCUCAAGGAAAAAACAAAACGACGAGCUCGGGUAGGCGCUCCUCGUUUGCAAACUGCAGCGCGGGGCGAAUUUCACCCAAAACCAGAGCCCGAGCAGUUCGAUCAUGAAUUCAAAGCUAAACCUGCGCCGAAAUUCAAGCAGCCUUCGACCAGGGCUAGCGUCAGAUCGAACAGCUCUAUCGCUAGUGGUAGAAAAGUAACACAGAUUGAGCCUUUCUCAUUCGAUGGCCGGCCGAGGACAAGAGCGAGAAAUAACGAGUCAAAUGCAUCUUUGCAGACGACAAAAGAAGAGGUCGCUCAUGCGCCAGGAGAGCUUCCGGACUACCAGAAGCUCCGUAAAAUAGGCACUGGAAAGGUGAAGGCAAAGGAAAAAACUCGUCCCGAAGCCUUCGAGUUCCGCACAUCAAAACGUGCGGAAUUCAAGCCGACGCCAGUUGAGCCAAAGGUUUUCACUGGGCGGCGGCUGACAAGCGACGAGUCAAUGAGAAAAGCCUUGCUUGGUCAUACAGUAAAGCAGAUCGCAAAGAGGGAGUGCACGGUUCCAGAAAGUCCUGGGUUAAACUCAAAGGCACGAGCGAGAUCCAGAAAAGCUUUCGACGAUGCUCUCGACGCUCGACGCAAGCUCGAAGAAGAAGCGAAGCUAGAAAAAGAAAGAAUCGAAAAGGAAGAAGACGAUCUACGCUUGAUUGAAGAGAGAAAGGCACUUGUGCACAAACCAACCGCGAUCAGGGGCCAAACGCCACCGCCAGAGCUUGAUCUUGGCGACAAAACUUUGACAAUGCCUGAGUCGCCAAAGUUCCGGACAUCCGCCCGUCUCCGGGCAAGAAAAAACAAGCAGAAAGACGACUCUGCCAUGGAACUGUAA